AGCAAGUGUCGACGGCAAGCCGGAUCGGAGGGCACAAAGUCGGCCGUGUCCGUAAAAUGACAUGGAGUUUUUAUUGGUUAACAGUGAAAUUGCAGCGCAGCCGAGUGUCACCUCGUGUGGGAAAAUGGUCAACGCGUCGUUCUACAGCAGUGUCAUUGUGUUCUUCUCUGAGCAAAAUUCUUACCUGAGGUAUCUGCAUACGUAACGUAACAAAGUGAACUGUUUCAGCCAUGCCCCGCAAGAAGCGUGUCCUGCAACAACGAUCUGCGGGCGAUGGUGCGGCUAGCACUAGCGGCCUGUACAGACCGGAUGAAUUCCAACCGAUCAGCCAUGACAUCCUGCCUGGUGGCAUCAUUCGUAACAAUUUUGCCAUUGGCGAAGAUAUCCAUCCCGCGGAGUGCCUUCGCAACAUUCAGGAGAUGUUUGAAGGCAAGCUUGAUGCUGAUGUAAUACACAUGGUGCUCACCGAAUGCGAGUUCAAUGUGAACAAUGCCCUGGAAGCUCUCUUCACUCUGCUACCACAAGAGUCUGGUGCUAGCGCAGCAAGUGUCAUCCAUCCACUGCAGUCGAGCAACUUGUCUCCGUCUACCAGUAGUGAAAGUAUUGGUGCUGGAGAGAACAUUGUUACCUCUGAAGCAGAGGUUCACAAAUCUAGUGAGGAGAGUGAGCAUGAAGGCCCCCUGGGUGCUACUGCACAUGCCGCGGCUAGUGCGUCAUCGGACUUGGCACUCUAUGUGAAUGCUGCGCCUUUUGUUCCAAACAUAUGCCUGCCUGCCAGCACAGAAAUUCGCUGCUCAGAUGUGUCAGAAGAGCAAGAUCCACUUCCUCCAGUUGCGUGGAGUCAGUUGGCAGGUUCUGGAUGCCAGCUAGGCUUUAACAUCACUCCAUCUACUAGCCACAAGCCUAAAGUAUUACCUGCUUCAAAUAGGGAACUUCAGAAGAUACACACCUUGUUGGACAGGGGUCAGAGUGUGCUGGUGCUGAUGAGAGGCCUUCCAGGCAGUGGCAAGACAUUUCUGGCUCAGAAGAUAUGUGGUCGUGGUGUAGUGUUGAGUGCAGACCACUUUUUUUGUCAAGGUGGCAAAUAUAACUUUGAUAAGUCGAGGUUGUCAGAGGCACACGAGUGGAAUAAGAGAAGGGCAAAGAAGUUUAUUCAGGAAGGUCGCUCACCAAUCAUUAUUGAUAACACUAACGUGGAAAUGUGGGAGAUGAUGCCUUAUGUGGCAUUGGCAUUAAGAGCGAAAUAUCAUGUGUGUGUUUUAGAGCCAGAUACUCCCUGGAAGUUUGAUGCUAGGCAGCUGACACAAAAGAAUACGCAUGGGGUUCCAAGACGUACUAUAGACUCUAUGUUGGAACGGUAUGAUCGUAAUGUUACAGGAGAAUCAUUGUGUCAAAGCUUUGGCCUUUUCCCUAAAAGCCACGAUUUAUCAGUUUUGCCUACAUACACGCCUUUAGAGAUAACAGAAGCCAGUGUUAGCGAAUCUUCUUCCAAGCCACAUGAUAAGAUGCCAUUAGAGCCAUCGAUUGAAGCACAUGAAAAUCCAAGCACAUCAUCAUCUGAAAAAACUUCCACAACCGCCCCUGAAGAAACUAUAAGCUUGGGAGAUCUCAUUGCUCUUGUUCAAAAUGACAGUGAAGAGUCUGGAAGCAGGAGCCGUCAGAACUCGGACUCUUGGUCAUCUGGUCAUGACGGCAAUGACUCAGAAGAUGGGACAGAACGUGACGACGACUUUCUGUGGGCUUCUCGCAAAGCACUGUCAUCACUCGCAGAGGCAAAUGUGCCAGUGAAUGAAGCCAUACUUGAAGAGAGUGAUGCCCCAGAACAAGAGACUAGCCACAGGCUCGAAACGGAAUUAGAAGAAAUAAAAGAAGAGCCAGAAUCGUCUGAUAAAGUGGUGGAAGCUGUAAUAGAAGCUUGGCCUGAUGUUAUUGAAGAAAAGGAAGUUGUUGAUGAUGUGCCCAAGCCACCAAGAGAUUCCCCUAGACACCAUGGGGGUUCAGCAAGGGGUGAUAAUGCUCCCAUAAUUGAAAAACUUGCGGAUUUCACUGCUCCAUGGGAAGACUCUCCUGAAGGGGAAAUGCAGGGUUCUCUCACGAAAACUCCAAGAGAGCAAAGGCCCCGGAGAGGUAAAGGAAGUCCCAAGACGACAAGUGAAAACAACGCGGACUCUAGUCCUCAGAUAGAGUCCCCACACACUGUACCCAAGGUGGCCGAAACUUCAAAGCAGAAACGUUCUUCAGCUCGCGGUCCCAUAUUUGGGUUGGAGAAGGUUGUCCGUAGUAGCACCUGGACUUUUCCAGAGUUCAACGUCUUUGAGCCCACCCUGUUGGAAACUGAAGUGAAAAACAGCGCUCGUGUUUACAAAGAUGUGUCGACCUCUGUAGACCCUGUGGAUUUUGUUGUAGUAGGGAAAGUUCUGCUUGGCGAAUCUGAAGAGCUACGUGUUGUGGAGGCCAGAGAUCCUGCGGAGAUGCUGGACGAGGAGCACAUACACCUUGCUCCUGCUCAUAAGCCAAAUACGCUUACUCGGAGCACGGACACUGACGACCUUCCUACGGAUGACCUAGAUGAUGAAGGUAAGCUGUUGCUGCUCCAGCAGUGCAUGCCAGGCGUAAGACCUCCUGAUUUGGAGGACAUAUUUCAGCACUGUCAUGGCGAUCAUGUGUGGGCAGCUGAUCUCUUGAUGGACUCUAAUGUUUCUUGUGACCUUCAACCACUCGUUAUUAAUGAAGACUGUGAUGCGAAGGACGCCACUGGUGGUCCGAGCUCAACGAGUCAACAGCCAGAAGUGCAUGCUUCGUCAGUAGUGCCUGCAGCAAACGAAGAAAAGCAUGAAUCGUCAGCUAGCACCAUGCCUACUGUGAAAGAGCCUGCAGACAAAAGGCUGAAGAAAAGUUCAUUAAAAGCUUUUCUACCAAAGCCAGAAAGUGUUGACAGGGAGUUCACGUUUCACCUUGACCACUCAUUUGCAUGUCAGCUUGUGGAAACGUUUGGUUCUGAAGGACUGCAUGUAUCCAUGGAUGCUUUCCGGAGUGUUGACCUAAACGUCACGGUCAGCAGCGAGAUUGCCAGGCAGAUACAUCACCUUUGGAUGCAUACUCUAAAGCAGAGAAUGUCAAAGGAAGAAGAAGAAAUGCUGGAAAUGGUUGCCGACUCUCAUGAAAGCGAACUGCAAGAUUUGCAAACAGGAGGCGAGUGUAGUUCGAAGGAAAGCACGCCUGAAAUUGUCGGCAUUCCACCUCCGGCUUUGCACAAUGAUCCACGCUGGAGCAAGGCACCGCAUGAAAUGAGCUUUCGUGAAAUCAUGGAAAUGGAAGCAGCUUUGGAAGAAAAAAGAAAAGAUUGGACCAAAAACAAUACUUACAUGGAUAUGGCAACCAAACUUAAGCUCAAGCAACUUUACGAGAAGUUCCCGGGUGUUGAUAGACAAGCACUGGAUGAAAUCUUCGUUGCAAGCAAUUACUCGUUGAUCCAGUCUGUCCUGACUAUCAACGAAACCCUGGGAGUAGCUCCUGAAGAAAAUGAUAUGGAAAACAUUGAAAAGCAGAUUGUGGAUCUUGUUGAAAUGGAAAGCAUGCAAGAGAAUGAAGCUGACGACAAUGCAUGGCAGCCUGUCGUCGAGGGCCAUGAAGACAUGUAUGACAGGUUGCGAUUGGUAGGGGACUACGAUGUGAUUCGUCGAGAGGCCACUGUCCACUACCACAUGCGUCAAGAGUCAUUCCGCAAGGCCAAGGACGCCUACCACCGGGGCAUGAAGACAGUGGCCGCGUUCUACUCGCAACAGGGUCGAGCAUAUGCAGAAAAGAUGAGAGAAGCAAAUGAACGAGCGUCAUGGAAAUUGCUGCAGCUUAGGAAUGCUCAGUCUGAUGACAAUACCCUAGACCUGCAUGGUCUGCACGUGCAAGAGGCCAUUCAGGUGCUCAAGAAUUACGUGAAGCUCAAGAAGCGCGAAUCAUGGUGUCUGCAGAAGAAGCAAACACUGAGGGUAAUCACAGGCAGGGGCGCACACAGUGCACUGAACAUACCCAAGGUCAAGUUUGCUGUCGAGGGCUAUCUUCUGAGCAGUCAGCUCAACUACAAGGAGGUUCAAGCUGGGAUGUUUCAUGUCAUGCUGUAGGAAAAAAUUUGUACGACCUGACCCUUUUCGAACUCCUGCAAUGCACAAAGCUGCUUUUCUAUUCUAAAGGACCUUUUUAUUGUGAUCACCGUUGCGGCAAAAGCACGAAAUUAAGUUUAAGUUGAUUAAUUCGAGAGAAAAUCUUUUUGUAUUACUAAGGAAGAGCCUUUCGACAUUACACUUGUUUUGCUCAAUUAUCUAGAUGUAGCGUAAUGAAAUUCUUCUACAUUAUUAUUGGCAGGAACUUCUUUUUUUUUUUGCUGCUGUUGAAACCCAAUUUAUAUUCAGAAUUUGUACUGCACAACUCAUAUUAUCCAUGUGUGCCCACCCUUCACUUUGCACCUGCCCAUACUUUCUUUGUGUAUGUGUUUUUCUGUCAUAAUGGAUUAAUGUGAUGUACUUAGCGCCUACUCAUGGCACCUGUAUGGUUGUGUGUGAGGUAAUUUGUUGGUUUAGGUCGUUCACAUUAGCACUGUUUGUUGUGGUAGCUGGGCUUUUCGUCGCUGGAUGCAUAAGUUGUGGAGGGAUUGUGAAAGGUCAGACCUUUCUUCAACUUAGGUUGACGAGAGCUCGCUUGUGGGUGCUCAUGCAAAGGCAGGAGGGCGCGCAUUUCAUAAAACGCUGAUCUCACCACCUUGUACAAGAUGUAAAUAAGCUUUUACACACCCACUGUUUGUGAAUGUUGAGAGCAUUGUUUUUAUUACGGCAGGUGCGAACUCGUACGACGUGUAUGGCCCUAUCGAAAUUGCUGUAUCUGUUGGUUGUGUCACUAUAGUUAAGCAGGAAAAAAAAAGGAUGGUGUUGACCAAUGCGUGAGGUUAUGAAUGUGAAAUACCGUGUGCAAACGCACAUUUGUGGAGCAGUGACAAAGGCAGUGUUCAUCUUGAUAAGCACCAGAAAGGCGUGGUCUGAAGUCAUUCAGGUCAUCACUGCCACGUUGUAGAGAUCUUUUACACAUCUGAAAGUUGAAAAUAUAAAUAUAUAUGUAUUACUACAAAUCUUUUUUGUACAUAGUAGCAGCUCGUAGUUAUAGGAGACCACAUCCUUUAUGUGUGAUCUAUGUCGUCAUACUAGAGUGCUCAUACAAGUAAAAGACUUAGUAUUAUGUAUAUAUUUUGCUAGCCUCGAGUAUUUUGUGCUAUAAAAUUAUAAUUUGAAAUACGUGCGGUUGUGCUUACGGCUUUUACACAACAGUAAGCUCACCUGGAUAUUAACUUACGUCAAUAUUUGUACAUUCUUCAUGGUUAUCACUGCGAAACUGAAAUUUCCAGAUGUGCAUUAUACAAUAUGCAGCUACCAUUGUCACGUUGGGCUUUCCAUGGCAAAUUGUGGAAUACUGGAGAGUCUGAAGUCAGGAAUGAAAUUCUGCAAAUUAAUAAUUUAAGGAGAUACCUUGUUCUAACUUGACACACACACCAAAAAAGAGCUUCCAUUCAUAAACCUGUAUCUCUGGUAAGCUGAGAGAAGCAGAAAUGAACAUCAUGUCGAUAUCGUCAUUGAAAUCUUGCUGUGACUAAAAAGUUCGGAAAAGCUGUCGAGUUGGUAUAAGUUAACGGCUGCAACAGCUCUACUUGACACAGACUAAGGAAAAAAACUGUGUUGUUCCACGCUCUUUUAUUAGUCCAUGUCAAGCUGCACUGUUCUGCCACAAACUCACAUAACUAUCACUACAUUAACAACUAGAUUAAGUCAGACGUAAACACUGUGCCUCUCACUAGUUCAUCAUGUUAUCUUUCAUAACAUCGCACAAGCACCAAGCUCAGGCAGGGCUAGCAGUCAUACCUCGUAAGCUGUCUUUUUUGUUGUGUUUUGUUUUUCUUUUUUAAUGUUACGAAAUAUUAAUUGAAGAAUAUGUUUAACCCCUUGAUGUGUGUAAUGUGUUGGUGGUAAAUGUAGAAAGAAAAUGAUUGUGUGUAUGUCGUAAGAACUACUGGUAUCAAGGAUAUUUUUUGUGCACAUGAUUCUUGGUGUUAAGCUGAAAUGAACUUUUAAAGUAUAUGAGGAGGACUUCCCUUUUUUUUUCUGUGCACAUCGUUCGUUGAGACACUGUGAACUCAUACUACGGACUUUAGUUCUGAUUGUUCUAUUUACCGCUUUUGCGGGGAGGAUGCUCUGAGCAAGUGCACCUUGUUGGGUGUUUUUGUAACCCAUAUGUUCUGAAUGAUAUGUGUCUUGCAAUGUUUCUUGUUGCAUACAAAUCUUGUUUGGGAAAACUUCAUGCUUUCUAAAUGCACAAGCAUGCUGGCAGGCCUUCUUAAAAACCACUUGUUGUCAUCUGUUUACUGUAAAUAUCGCUUUUAGAUGUUUUAAUGGAGACAUGUUUUUACCUAUUGGAUGUCAUGGGAAAUUAUCUUACUUGUGUAAUUCGUUUUUUAGUCAUUGUUUCAAGAGUGGUAAGACCAGACAGCAUUUUUACAAUAAAUGUUUGUAUUAAAAAACUG